UUUUUUCUCUCUCCUCCUACCCGGCCCUGCUCGCUUCCUUCCCCCGCGCCGCGCUCGGAGCAGGCAGGAAGGGAGGCGGCGGGAUGGAGCCGCUGCCCGCCGGGAUGCGUUAGUGCCCGGACACCCCGGCCUGGGCCCCGCCGGGACGCGAUAAAGCCAAUACACCCGAGUAUCUCUCUGCAAUGGCCUCAGGGAAUGAUGGUGACCCGCUGAGGGACCGGGGACGCCGGGGAAGCAACAGGCACAGGCCAUCACAGGAGCUCAACUCAGAGGACCGGGUGGCGGAGGAGACGGAGGAGGUGUUCCGGAGCUAUGCCUUCUACCGCUACCAGCAGGAGAGAGAGGAGCGAGGGGAGGAGGUGCCCAUGGACCCAGAGAUCGUGGAGAUCCAGCAGGAGCUGGGCAGCACCGGGAGCCUGGUGGGACGGCGCUUGGCCAUCAUCGGCGACGACAUCAAUGAGCGGUACGACGCGGAGUUCCGCUACCUGCUGAAGUCCCUGCAGCCCACCAAAGAGAACGCCUAUGAGUACUUCACCCGAAUAGCCUCCAGCUUGUUCGAGAGCGGCAUUAACUGGGGCCGGGUGAUCGCGCUGCUGGGCUUUGGCUACCGCAUGGCCAUCCAUGUCUACCAGCACGGCAGGACCGGCUUCCUCCGCUGGAUCGCCCGCUGCGUCGUGGAGUUCAUGCUCCGGAACCGCAUCGCCCAGUGGAUCGCCCAGCAGGGAGGAUGGGCGGCUGCACUCGAUCUGGACAAUGUUUACAUGAAGUACAUGCUGGUGGUGGUGGCCCUGGUCAUGGUGGGACAUUUAGUGGUACGACGCUUCUUCAAGCCCUAACCGAGGUGGUGGCAGAGGCUGGGAGGGUCCAGCCAAGCUCUCUCAAAUCUCUGCUCUGCGUUGGUGUUUCCCAAGAGAGGGGGGAUUUGAGGAACCUCCAAGAGAGAGCAGCUUGGACCUGUGACCCACCACAGGGCCCAGGGUCUCUGCCAUCCAUGCAGACACCACCAGGAGCUAUGGAGAGAAGUGGAGGGAGGGAGGGAAGGUUCAACUCUGUUGGCUGUUUCGUGCCUCGCUUAGCUGCUGUGGACAGAGCAUCGCUGUGGCGUUCCCAGCGUGUGGCAGUGAGGCAGAGCAGGCUCCUCCGGAGUCAGGAGUCUGGAGGAACAAAUGUGUUAUGAUGAUGCCCAUGCGUGGGUCCCCGUCUACUCCUUGAGGCAGGCGUGGAGCCCCCUGUUUGCUGAUGGCUCUCCUCAAGCCCAUGCCUUUGAAGAGGGAUUGCAGCCUUCGUUGCUGCAAUCUGUAAGGCACCAGAGACGCAAGCCAGCAUGAGCUCAUGUGGGGCUUGCUUUCAUCUUCCCUCUGUUCCUGAGCCCAAGUACUUGAGCCUUCCCUUUCAACAAGCAUCCCUACCCCUUUUAAGGGAUCGCACUGCUUGCCUGCUCCGACAAUCCAUGGCAACCUCUGGCAGUGCUGGCAGGCAGGAUUUCCUUGACAACGCCUGACCCUGGAGACCUGCUGCUCUCCCAUGGCUGAUAUGGGUGCUGGGUGCAGCCCUCCAUGAGUUCAGACCUGGGGAGCACCAGCAGGUUUCCAAACACUAAAGGCUGUGGGGUGGCUGAUGGUUGGUGUGGGCAGGCUGCCUGCCUCCUCUCCCAUUGUGCUUCCACUUGGUAGCUUCAGAUGCUGGCAAGUGAGCAGCCCAACUGUGACCAGUUGGUCUCCCUUGUUCUCAAUGGUAGCCCUGAAGGUGCAUCCUCCCCCCAGAGCAGCUCUUUACCUCCUGAGCUCAGCUGGGCAGGAUGGUGCAGACAUGUCCUGGUUAAGCCCAGGGCUGUGGUGCUUUAUAGCUGCCUUUUCUGGGCACAGCAUCUUUGGGAAGUGCCUUGACCUUGUUCCGUUCAUGACUAAUGGUUAAGCAUGACUUUGGGGGGGGUGGUACAGAAGCAGGAUCCACUCUCCCACCUUAAAUCUUUCUGACUUUUGCAAAAUAGGGAGAGUA